GGUUCGACGAACAGUUUUCUCUGAUAGUGAAACUGAGGAGGCUGAGAUCGCCGAAGAAGAACCGAGACAAACUAGAUCUAGUUCAAAGAGGGCACGUCGAUCUGCAACUGAAGAAAUUAAUGGUUUUCCAGACGAAAUGUCUUUUGAUGAAGAUAACUAUUUUGAUGACGAUGAUUUUGGCAGAGAAUCAGCGGAAGAAUUGGAAAGAACGAAAUUAAGGAGGAAAAGUUCAACUGGGGUAACAGCGGAGUCUAGUGUCAUCGAAUCAAUAGAAUUAUUGGAUUUUAUGUGUCAUAAAUUUCUUAAAGUUAAUUUCGGUCCAAAAAUAAAUUUCAUUAUUGGGCAUAAUGGAAGUGGUAAAAGCGCCAUUUUAACGGGAAUCACGGUUUGUCUCGGAGGUAAGGCUAAUGUGACGAAUCGUGCGUCAAACUUAAAAUCUCUGAUUCGUGAAGGCGCAAGUGUUGCACAAGUAACUUUGAAAUUACGGAAUCGAGGUGCUGAUGCGUACCGUCAUGAAGUUUAUGGCGAUUCCAUUAUUAUUGAGCGUAGGAUUAGUCGAGACGGUAGUAAUGGUUAUAAAAUCAAGACUAGUGGUGGGAAGGUGGUUUCUGGAAAACGAGAAGAAUUAAACGCUAUUUUAGAUCAUAUGGCAAUUCAAGUGGACAAUCCUAUGAAUGUUUUAUCACAAGAUACUGCACGUCAAUUUUUACACUCUUCAAGUCCAGAAGAUAAUGAAGAUUAUGAAUUAAUACGUGAAAGUAUCGAAACGACACAAAAUAUUAUAAAACAUAAAAAAGAAGUACUGCCAGAUCUACUUAGGGCAGCUAAAGAUGCAGAGGCAAGAUAUAAAGAUAUGCAAAAAGCCCGUGAACUUGAGUUAACAGUUGCUGGCCUGAAGGAUCAAAUGGCCUGGGCUCAAGUUGAAGAAAAAGAACAGGAAGUUGCAGAAGCAGAAGCAAACUUGCUAAAAGCUAGAAGACGACUACCAACCGUUCAAGCGCGUCUAGACCAAGAACAAGCAAAAUUUGAUGAAAUCAACUUGGUUAUUUCGGAAUUAGAACAGAGGCUUCAUGAACACGCUACUAUUACUCAACCUUUGCAAAACAGGAAAAAAGAAUUACAGAUGCAAGUGAAAGAGAAAGCGAAGCAAUUACGCGAGAUUCAUAAAGAGGAAAGAGAAAUAAAUGACUUUAUUAAAAAUUUGAAACACUCA